AUGUGCUCGCUGCCUGUGCCUCGGGAGCCCCUGCGCCGUGUGGCAGUGACCGGGGGCACCCACGGCAAUGAGAUGUCUGGUGUCUACCUGGCCCGGUACUGGCUGCAGGCCCCGGGAGAGCUGCAGAGACCCAGCUUCUCCGCCGUGCCUGUGCUGGCCAACCCAGCAGCCACUGCUGCCUGCCGCCGCUACGUGGGCCGUGACCUCAACCGCACCUUCACCAGCACCUUCCUCACUGCCAGGGCCCACCCGGAUGACCCAUAUGAGGUGACAAGGGCCCGAGAGCUGAACCAGCUGCUGGGGCCCAAGGCCUCGGACCAGGCCUUUGACUUCAUCCUCGACCUGCACAACACCACGGCUAACGUGGGCACCUGCCUCAUCCUGGAGUCUGCCAGCAACGUCUUUGCCAUGCACCUGUGCCGCCAUCUGCAGCUGCAGAGCCCAGAGCCGCCCUGCCGGGUCUUCCUGUACCAGAUGCCCAGAGAAGAGACUUUCAGCAUCGACUCAGUGGCCAAGAACGGAAUGGUCCUAGAGCUGGGCCCCCAGCCGCAGGGAGUGCUGCGGGCCGACCUUCUCACUCGGGCGCGGGCCCUGGUGGCUGCGGCUCUGGACUUCAUCCAGCUCUUCAACCAGGGCACCGCCUUUCCUGCCUUCGAGAUGGAAGCCUAUGGAACCGUGAGCAUCGUGGACUUCCCGCGCACCGACGCCGGGGACCUGGCAGGCGCUGUGCACCCUCAGCUGCAGGACCAGGACUUCCAGCCCCUGCUGCCCGGCGCACCCAUCUUCCAGCUAUUCAGCGGCAAGGACGUGCUCUAUGAGGGGGGGCCCACCACGUACCCCGCCUUCAUCAAUGAGGCCGCCUACUAUGAGAAGGGCAUCGCCUUCUUCCAGACUGAGAAGCUCACGUUCUCUGUGCCCGCCCUGCCCGCGCUGGCCCCCGCCCCCACCCCAGCUCCCUGA